ACAAUAUUUAUUACCUUCCUCAGAUACUUAAUCCAGUGAAUAAUCGUUCAUAUCGCGACAUAAUGAAAAAAAUAUAUAUACGGUAUACGAAUAAAAAAUACAUCAACUGUGGAUGCAUCGUUUGAAGGUCGGGCUGAGGCAGCAUGGCCGGGCCCAGGGCACACCUCGGCAGCGUGCUGGAGGGCCAGCUGGCCCAAAGUCAGGUCAUGUCCAGCAUGCAGAUCCACGUGCACGUGAACCACCUGCUCCUCGCCGAGGCCAAACACCGGGUUUUCGGGGAACCCUUCCAGAUGAGUGAGGACUACGUGCAGAUUGAGCUCUUGGAGAGGAGUCGGUAUGUGCGCAUUGGCAACACUAACCGGUCAUUUCGCUCUGCGGGGUCGUCCUUCAACACGAGACACAAGUCGUUUGCACCUCGCGUGUUGGAACGGGUCUUGCGAGUGGACUCGAGGAGUGACCUGGCUGCUGUCGAGUCCAUGCAAGUCAACCCCAUCAUCACUUCUUUCAGUGGAAAUGUACGAGCGAAUCAAGCCCAGCAAAAUGCUGAUGGACGCCUGCAGUCGGACACCAGGCCAACGAGAAUACUGCCCAGUUUGAUUUUCACGGCGGAAGUCCUCAAAUAUCAAAAGUGGCUGCAAGAGCGACUUGAGGAGUAUGCUGGUUUGCAGCAGCAAAUCAUUUCCGCAGUUUUGGCCGCCAUCCGGGAAGUGAAUGACCCGGACGUGGCGUCCCAAGGGAUCCCGUCAAACAUGCAGCCCGACUACCGCAGGCAUCUCGGCGACACCAUACAGAGGAACACCAGCAAACAAGAGGAAUACACGAAACUGGUCAUCGGCGCCAUUGCUGCGGUGGAAUAUGAUGCUGUUGCGGAUCGAGAGCUGGAGGAGACGUUGCGGGAUCACAUAGAGGAUUUUGGCUUAUCUGGACGGCCUUCGAGUUCUCGUGGGUUGGUCAGCGGAAAUGCCACAAUGGACCUGACGGCGGCGUCCUUGACGACGUCUCCGAUUGCCCGCCUGCUCAACUACAAAGUCGACAGGAGAGACGCCGCCAUGAAGACCAUCAUCAAGGCAACAAAGUCUUGUUCAUCCACGAAUAGGAGAUUCGACAUCAUAUUUAAAGACGGGGUUUCACUCGGCCUAUGCAUAGGUGAACAGAAUGUGAAAAAAUUCAAGGGGCCUUUGGAGAACAUUCUGCACGAUCAGCUGGAAUUUCUAGUGAUGAACCAGCAGAGAUUUUCCAAGCAGUUGACUGGAAGUCUUUCACCACACGCAUCAGUGCCGCCCAGUGGAGUGCUGAAUACUACGAAAGAGUUCAAGAAACGG